UAAGCUAAAGAGCUUACUGAAAGACAGGAAAAGGGACGCCAGCUCUGCUGUAAGAUGGGCAAGCAGAAGAUCUUCCUGGAUAAAAUAUCACGUGCCCUGCACAUUCAGAACAAGCUGCUACGACAGGGGCUGGCUGAAUGCUUGGGCACCCUUAUCCUGGUGAUGUUUGGCUGUGGCUCUGUGGCUCAGCUGGUGCUCAGUGAAGGUAGUCAUGGCAUCUUCCUUGCUGUAAAUUUAGCCUUUGGGUUCGCAGUCACACUUGGAAUCCUGGUUUGCGGCCAAGUCUCAGGAGGUCAUCUGAAUCCAGCUGUAACUUUUGCCCUGUGUCUCCUUGGAAGGGAAAAAUGGAGAAAAUUCCCUGUAUACUUCUUCUUCCAGACACUUGGUGCCUUUUUGGGUGCAGGCGUCAUCUUUGGCAUGUAUUAUGAUGCCAUGCAUAUACGUGCUGACAGGGACAAGAAGCUUCCAAUCGGAAUUUUUGCUACCUACCCCAGUGAGCACCUUAGUAUUGUGAACGGAUUUUUUGAUCAGCUAAUAGGCACUGCUGCACUGAUUGUUUGUAUCCUGGCUAUUGUGGACCCAUACAACAACCCAAUUCCACAAGGACUGGAGGCCUUCACUGUGGGAUUCACAGUGCUUGUCAUUGGCUUAUCCAUGGGCUUCAACUCUGGCUAUGCUGUAAACCCAGCCCGGGACUUUGGUCCUCGUCUUUUCACUGCCAUUGCUGGCUGGGGCUCCCAAGUGUUCACCAAUGGGAAUUGCUGGUUCCUGGUGCCCAUCUUCGCCCCAUUUCUGGGUGCCGUGGUUGGGACGCUUGUGUACCAGCUGAUGGUGGGCUGGCAUGUGGAAGGGGAGGCACGGGACAAAAAGAGGGCAACAGAGGACAGUGUCAAACUCAAUGAUAUUAACGAUGGCUCUACAGUUCCCUAAGCUAUCAAACUACAACACAACCGUUCCUACCACAUUGCAUAAUAAGUUCAGUAACUUCAGUGCCUUCAAAACAAUGAUUUUAAGGACUGUCUUUCCUGUCACAUAUGAAAUUUUGAUAUCAUGUGAAAGUCACAAAACAGGUGCAAAUGUAAAAAGGUGCAAAGGUGCAAAUGUAAGACUAAUGAAGCAUAGUGCCACAUAUCUUCCCAUUAUUUAGUUUGUGCAGAAGUGCUCUUAGCCCAGUUGGAUUGUGUUUGUGUAAUCUUUGAAUUCUCUGAGCAACUUCAAAUUUCCUAUGUGAAAAGGAAACAGUCUUUCAUCAUCACGAAUUAUAUUAAUUCUGUAAAAGGAAGAAACAAUUGGAAAAGAAAGUCAAAUUAUGCAGAGUAUCACAAAUACUGUAUGUGUAUUUACAGUAUUUUAUGUUUUGUGCCAUUUCUAAAAGUUUUUUAAAUGUAAACAUUGCUGAGAAUGUUGGAUGGUAAACCAGGUGUAUAUGUAUGCACAGUUGCUAAUUUCAAUGUUGUAAAUAUAUAUAUUUUUUAUGGUCAGCAUUCUAUAAACCAGAAAAUUUAAAUAUCAAAAAUGAUCCUUUGUUUGCUUUUGCUAUAAUUCAGUAGAAUGCAUCUUAGUUUGCUUGUUUACAAUUUGUUUCAGCUAUCCCAUUAAUGGUGACAGUGUCAUAGUAAGGCUAUAAGAUUAAGGUCAUUGGUAAAUAAAUGGUAGCUUUUAUAUUGGCUGCAUAUGCAAAUGCACAGAACUUAAUAAAAGCUACUUGGGAUUGUAAAUCAUUAGUGCCACAACUCUUGUACAAUACUGUUUACUUUAUACUAAAUGUGAUCCAAAUGGUCUUUGGCACUAUUGCAAUCUUUGGGAAGGUCAUACAAGUUUAAAUACUUGAUUACAAACUUUUUUUGAAAGAAGAAACAACCCAACAAAAACAGCUUUUUUUAAACUAAUGUAAUGUGGAUAAGAUUAUAGAAAAUGCUGCAUUUUGCAUUGAUUUUAUACAGUGUAUUUUUAUUUAGCAUUUUUGGUACAUAAAAUGCCUUUUGCUUAUUUUUUAAUCUAUUAAACAAACAGUCAAGUUUGCAUGGUUUUAAAUAUUAAUAUUUCAUCUCUUACAUUUUUAGCAUCUUUAAGUGCUGAAAGCUUUUAAGUUGCGGGUAGAUUAAUCUUAAAACUGAACACCAGGGAAACAUAACUCCCAGUUCUUUGAAGUUAUUGGCAUUUGUCAAGUUGUUUAAUGCCAUUCAAUUAUGUAACUGGUUUACAUUAAAAUAAAAGCCUUAUAAUAUUGUC